AAUAAAAAAUAAAAAUCAAACGUAUAAAUUAAUCAAUUUACCAACUCUUCUCCUUUCAUUUGUUGAGUUUCUAUUUGUUACUUAGUCGAAAUCUCGAAACAUUCUUUACUUCGAAACCAUCUCCUCCGAUCCGAUCAACCGUAUUUCAUCGAAACGACAGCGUGGCGGACGAAGGAAUGGGAGGGAUGGACGUUGAAGGAGGAAUCGCGAGGAAGUUAUGGAACAAGUUUAGGAGCGAAUCGGUUUUUGUUAACUACACUCCUUUCUUCGUUUGCUUAGCCGCCGGCAAUUUAAACGCCGACGCUUUUCUGCACUAUCUAUCUCAAGAUGUUCAUUUGCUCAAUGCCUUUGCUAACGCGUACGAGUUAGCGGAGGAGUGUGCUGAUGAUGAGGAAGACAAGAAGGCAAUACGAAAGUUAAGGAAACACGUUAAGGACAAGCUUAAAUCACACGAUUCUCGUGUCCGAGAAUGGGGCUUUGAACUCCCAGAAGAGAGUAGCUCAACAAAUGCAACAGCCAAGUAUACAGAUUUUUUGUUGGCAACAGCCUCGGGUAGAAUUGAAGGAGAAAAAGUUCCUGGUAAAAUUGCAACCCCUUUUGAGAAGACAAAAGUUGCCGCUUAUACACUUGGCGCUAUUGCACCUUGCAUGAGGCUCUUUGCCUUUAUAAAUAAAGAGAUCCAAGCUCUUCUAGACCCUAAUGAUAGCAGUCACAUUUACAAGAAGUGGAUUGAUCAUUAUUGCUCUCAAAAUUUUGAGGCUUAUGCUUUUCGAAUUGAAGAGUUGCUGGAUACACUAAGCAUAUCUUUGACAGGCGAAGAGCUGGAUGUCAUAGAAAAGCUCUACCAUCAAUCUAUGAGACUGGAAGUAGAUUUUUUCUCUUCUCAACCGAUUAUACAGGAAGCAGUGGUCCCUUUGUCUCGGAUGCUAGACCCUGCUGCGGGUGGCCAACUCACCAUAUUUUGUGACUUUGACUUGACAUGCACUGCUUUGGAUUCCUCUGCUAUUUUAGCAGAGCUUGCAAUUAUAACUAUGCAGAAGGCUGAACCUGAUGGACCUGAAACCCAACUUGCUCAGAUGUCAUUAGCUGAUUUGAGGAGCACAUGGGAUGCUCUUUCUGCCCAGUAUACUGAAGAGUUUGAGCAGUGUGUAGAAAGCAUCACACCAACUGAGACAGUGAAAAGUUUCAGUUAUGAAGGUCUCUGUGAAGCCCUACAGCAAUUUGCAGAUUUUGAGAAGAAGGCAAAUUCAAGAGUGGUGCAGUCAGGAGUACUUAAGGGUUUAAAUCAAGAGGAUAUAAAAAGGGCUGGCCAAAGUCUGAUCCUUCAAGAUGGUUGUAAAUGGUUUUUUCAGAAAAUCAUGAAAGUUGAAAAUCCGACUGCUGCUGUACAUAUACUUUCUUAUUGUUGGUGUGGGGAUCUCAUUCGUUCAGCUUUUUCAUCAGGGGAUCUAAAAGCUCUGAAUGUGCACUCCAAUGAGUUAGCUUGUGAAGAGUCCAUCACCACAGGGGAGAUCACUAAGAAGUUAGAGUCUCCCAUGGAAAAGCUUCAAGCAUUCAAUAACAUAUUAAACAGCAGAGGCAAUGAUUGCCAGCACUUGACGGUUUAUAUUGGAGGUUCAGUUGGUGACUUACUCUGCUUGCUUGAAGCAGACAUAGGUAUUGUGAUGGGUUCAAGUCCCACCCUGAGAAGAUUGGGAGAACAGUUUGGCGUUUCUUUUAUGCCGUUGUUCUCUGGUUUGGUGGUGAAACAGAGAGAAGUGGUUGAAGUUGGCUCUUCUACUUGGAAAAAGCUUUCAGGCACUUUAUAUACAGUCUCUAGCUGGGAUGAGAUACAUGCAUUUAUUCUGGGUUCAUGAUCAUAAAACCCUCUCUAUGCUUCCAAUGGUAAUUAAAGGAAGCAAUUUACUGUAGGAUAUAUAGAAUCUCAACUGUGGCUAAUUUUUCUGAAGGGCCACAGGUCAGCCCUGAUUCUUUUUUUCUUUAUAUAGGGACUGUCAUACAGAAAUUAAUAUACAGAGCCCGCCUGCUAUCACAGGUGCAAUUGUGUAGUUACUGAAACAUGGCCUAGCGCCAUUUUCAGUUUUCUUUCGACCUUUCUAUUUGGUUGCAUUUAAGCAAAGUAAUUUCAAAAUUUGUUGUAAUAUCGAGAUAAAAUUUCAUUUACAACAGUGGAUGGAAAUGUAUGAUUGUUAUGCUAUCGGUUCUUUUUGGUCGUUGGUUUGCA